UAGUUGUCAUAUUUCUCUAAAUGUAAAGACCUGUUGUGGUCAGUUGUAUUGUUUUCUAUUUAUUUACAUUUGGUAAUUUUGUGUUCCCUCUAAUCAUGAGGGAUUUUGAAAGCAGUGAUUCGUUUGACUAUCUGUUUAAAAUUGUCCUAAUCGGCGAUCCAGGUGUUGGGAAAACAUGUCUGGUCCAACGUUUCGACAGAGGAACAUACCUUGAACGACAUGGAAGCACCAUAGGGGUCGAUUUUACGAUGAAAACUAUAACGAUUGACGAGAAAAAGAUUAAGCUUCAAAUAUGGGACACAGCAGGACAAGAGAGGUUCAGAACUAUUACCCAAAGUUAUUAUCGCAAUGCUAAUGGAGUAAUAAUCACUUAUGAUAUCACUAAGAGAGAGACAUUUAAGAAUGUUGCAAGGUGGUCAGAAGAUGUUAAAAAAUAUGCACCAAAAAACGUCAUGAAAAUACUUGUUGGAAACAAAAAGGACUUGCAUGUGGAAAGGGAUGUGAGCAUUGAUGAAGCAAGAAAAUGUGCAGAGCAUUAUAAUAUGAUUGAUGCUAUGGAGGCCUCGGCAAAGGACAAUAUAAAAGUUGAAGAGGCCUUCAUUCAUUUAGCAACUGAACUAAAGAGAGAGUAUGAAAAAGGUUCACAGGUUCAAAAUAUUGAAGAUGGAGGAGUGACAAUAGAAUCUAGGAAAAUAAACAGAAAAUGGCAAUGUUGCAGCUAACAUGAACUAAUAUUAUAAAGAUUUACUGGAUGUCUGCUAGUGAAAGAAAAAGGAAAGAAUUAAUAUUGCAAAAAGAUGUAAUUUAUAUACUCACAUAAAGCUUAUCUUACAAAUAUGACUUUCAAAGAGCUUCUUGGUUGAACAAAACAAAAAAUAAUACAUGUACAUAGAUAAAAAGGUUCGCCUUUUCAUUACCAUGACAACAGUAAGGGUUCUCAAGGAUGCAUUACUUUUGGCAAUGGCUGAACAGUCUUGUAUGCUAAUUUCAAGCUUAUAAUAUUCUGGCGAAUAUAAUGGUCUGAAAAAAGGUAACAUUUCCAUAAAUAACAUUUCAUAUUUUUUAAAUAUAUUUUGGCUUUGCGUUAAAUGUUCAUGAAAAAAAUUAAAUGGUGCUUGGGAUUUGCAAGACUGCUAAUAAAGCAUAAGUUCAAUAAUUUACUUGUUUGUGCUAGGUUACAUUACAAGCUAGUAGUAAGCUAGCCAUAAGCAGCUAGAUGAUCAGCUUGCCAUUCAGCUUUCAUAGACCUACUGAACCUGGUUGCAAGAAGACUAAAUGAAGAUCCACCAGAUAAAGGUAUCCAGUAUCCAGUGUAUAGAAUUUGUAUGGGUUUUACAAGUAUUUACCUGAUAGGGAUUUAUCUGGUGGACAACAUUAUACAGCCUUCGUGCAACGAGUUCUUGGUGUUUUCUCAUUUCAGAUAAUUGUUGACUUCCUUGACCUUUAUUUUGUUUAGCUACACCUGACACUUGAAAAAAAUAGAUUUACAUGGAUAAAUCAAGGGAAUAACAUGGCCUUAAACCAGAAAGCAUUUUGCCCAUAAGUAGCAUAGGUGUACUGAAAACUUAUUAGUAUGAUUCCAUUUAACCUGUGAAACAUCAAUGAAUAUUAGUCUUAUAUACUGUAAUAUUAUUUUACAUAGUACAUAGAAAACAGAAAUUUUAUGUCUCUACUUUAUUUUCUCUUAGAGUUUUAAGAGUUGACCAUUCACAGGUUACCUGAAAUCAGUCUAUUGUCAAAAUAUAAAUUAUUUAAUAAAAAGUUAUCAAUUAUUGAAAAGACUAAUACUGUAUAUUUGGUUCAUUGGUUUAAAGUUUUGAAUCAAUUACUUUGUGGAUCCUAACUUUGCAAUUAACUUUGUGAAGGUUUAAUAUGUACUUGCAUUCAUAGCUGUAAACUGUUGAAUUUCAUGGUUGAUAUGGUAGUAAGCAUUAUGCCAUGCAUUGCUCCAUGACAUGUCCCUAUUCUGGAUCAAAGAAUCUGCAUGCAUCGGUGAAUGCGCCACUGUGUAACCCUCACCAGCUACAGCUGGUUGAUGUUCCAUGUUACCUGCACAGUUCAUUAAAUGCUUAGUACCUGCCAA